CAAAAAAUUCUCCGGGAUCAGAUCUCGAAUUUUCCCGAAGUACUUGACUAGAGUAUAUUUCUAUUUAUCCGGAAGAAAAGUGAUAGAUAACCACAUGCAUCGCAGCUCUAAGUAACGUGAGCCACUCAUUUGGUAUGUUAAUCUGUUCCUGAGAAAUGAUCUCUGCAAUUCUCACAAUGCUCGCCGUCAGUGCCACUGCACUGGGGGCUAACAGCACUUACAUCAAUCCCAUCCUACCGGGCUUCCAUCCUGACCCCAGUUGUAUCUUCGUGCCAUCAUGGGACAAGACUUACUUCUGCGCUUCGAGCAGUUUCAAUGCCUUCCCAGGGAUACCGAUCCAUGCCUCGCGGGACCUGCAAAAUUGGAAACUCAUCGGUAAUGCCAUCUCUCGCCCAGAAAUGCUGCCUGCAUUGGCCACAACAAAUCGGAGUACAAGCGGAAUCUGGGCGCCAACUCUACGGUAUCGUGAAGAGAAGGGCCAAGGGAGAUUUUGUAUCAGUACGACUCUAGUAUUUGAUGAUUUGCCAAAGGACAAUGUUUCAAGAUGGGAUAACUUCGUGAUCGCCACCGAUAAUCCUUAUAACUCGACUAGCUGGACGGAUCCAGUACAUUUCGAAUUUGGCGGGUACGACACAUCCCUCUUCUGGGAUGAUGAUGAUGAUGGGCAAGUAUACGUCGUAGGAAGCCACGAGUACAGUGUCUGGCCGGGUAUCCAACUCGCGACGAUAGAUCUACAGAACGGCAAAACAGGCCCAUGGUCGAACCCAUGGAAUGGCACUGGUGCACUCGCGCCAGAAGGGCCACAUAUCUACAAGAAAGAUGGCUUCUACUAUCUCAUGCUAGCAGAAGGCGGAACUGGACUUGGUCAUAUGGUUACUAUGGCGCGUUCCCAGCAUGGAAUUCAAGGUCCAUAUGUACCCGCACCGCACAAUCCUCUUUUGACCAACGCAAACACGAGAUCUUUCUUCCAGACCGUUGGCCAUGCGGACCUGUUUCAAGAUGUUCGUGGAAACUGGUGGGCUGUUGCAUUAUCCACUCGUUCGGGACCCGAGUUUCUGAAUUACCCGAUGGGGAGAGAAACUGUCUUGACUCCUGUCACUUGGGAUCGAGGUGAAUGGCCAAUAUUCACCAAUGUCAGUGGAAUAGAGAAUGGAUGGGAUCUUCCACCACGGGCACUGGUCCCACAUGGUGAAGGCCCAUAUGUUGAUUCUCCCGAUCAUCUCACUUUCCCUCCAGGCUCUUCGAUCCCAGAACAUCUGGUACACUGGCGCCUCCCAACACCAGAUACUUAUCUUGUCUCUCCACCCGGGUAUGACAAUUCACUCGUUCUACGCUCCUCUAUCUUGAACCUAACAGCCUAUGAUGGGUACUAUACCGGGGGACUAGGUCAAACUUUCAUCGGACGACGUCAAACAGAUAAUCUAUUCACGUACACAUUAGACGUGAACGCAUCUAGCCUCCGCGAAGAAGAAGACGAAGUAGGCGUAUCUGUAUUCCUAGUGCAGCGCUAUCAUUUCGAGUUGGGAAUUGUCCUUCUCUCUUCUUCUUCUUCUUCUUCGUCGUCGUCGUCGUCGAAGAAUUCAACAAUCCCAACGCCUCACUUCCGCUUCCGUGGAAUAUCCAACACUUCUAUUCCAGACACCAUCGUCCCUUUCCCAUCAUACAUGUCUCUCGACACGGCUAUAACAAUGGAAAUCAAAGCUUUUAAUUGGACGCACUAUUCCUUCUCCGCGGGGCCUCGCGAUCAGAGACAUCUCAUGCAGACGUAUGGAUACGCGAGAGGUUCGCAGAUGAGUUGGGGGUUUACGGGGACGCUCGUGGGGCCGUAUGCCACUACGAAUGGGAGGAAUGGGAGUGUUAAUGGGGAGUUUAGUGUUGCUGUUAGUAAUUGGACGUAUACACCGCAGGGUCAGAUUAUUAAUUAGCAUUGCGAUGGUAUACUUUGUCUUCGGGAUCCUUUUUUGGAUAAUGAGGAUCGGUUAGUUUACUA